AUGGUUGAACGAAAAUCUUCUAACGAUUAUCGACGUUUUUUCAGCAUAGGUAAAUUAAUGUUCCAAACAAAUGAUUUAUUAUCAAUACCAGAAGAUCCUGAUGUUAUUAACAUUGACAAAUCAUUCAAAAGUGAAGUGAUAAAAACAAAAAAAGAUAAUAACAAGAAAAAUUUUUCUGAUAAAGAUCGUAUUAAUAUAAAUGUAAGUGGACUUCAUUUUGAAACAUUAAAAUCAACAUUGGAAUUUUAUCCAAAUACACUUUUGGGUAAUGAAGAACGACGAAAAUAUUUCUAUGAUUCAAUACAUAAUGAAUAUUUUUUUGAUCGUCAUCGAUCCUGUUUUGAUGCAAUUCUUUAUUAUUAUCAAUCAAAUGGUCGAUUACGUCGACCAAAUUUCGUUUCAAUUGAUACAUUUCUUGAAGAAAUAACUUUUUUUGAUUUAGGUGAACAAGCUCUUGCUCAAGCAAGAGAAGAAGAAAAUUUAAAAGAACUUAAAAAAAUAUCUUUACCACGAAAUAGAUUUCGUCGUUAUUUAUGGGCUACAUUAGAACAUCCAGAAUUUUCAUUUAUAGCUAAAUGUGUACAAAUUUUAUCUGUAUUUGUUGUUUUAUUAUCAACUCUUGCUUUAGCUAUUGAAUCAUUACCUCAAUAUAAAAAUUUAAACAAUAAUACAUCUACAAAUGAUAAUAAUCAACAAAUUUUAAUAAAAAUCAAUCAAACAAAUAAUACUGAUCAAUUAUUGAUAGUAAAAUAUAAUUAUCAGAAUUAUUUUUCAUCACCAUUUAUUAUUAUUCAAACAGUAUGUAUUAUUUAUUUUACAUUAGAAUUAAUUUUACGUAUAAUAAGUAUGCCAUCAUUAUAUGGAUUUAUUAAUAGUUUUAUGAAUUGGAUUGAUAUUCUUUCUAUAUUACCAUAUUAUAUUGGUAUAAUUAUUUUUUUUACUAAUCAAGGUUUUCAUAGUCAUUCAAAAACACAAUCUGCAUUACAAUUACUAAGAAUUCUUCGUUUUGUACGUGUAUUUAAAUUCUAUCGAAUAUUUCGAAAUAUAAAAGCAAUACGAGUAUUAGCAAUAACAUUAACUGAAUCUUUUGUGGAUUUUAUUAUUUUAGCUGCUAUAUUAACUUUAUUAGGUUUUGUAUUUGGUGCUAUUCUUUAUUAUAUCGAAAAUGAUAUUAAUGGAACUCAAUUUAAUUCAAUAUUUACAGCAACUUAUUGGGGAAUUAUAACAAUAACUACUGUUGGAUAUGGUGAUUUGGCACCAUCAACACCUGGUGGACGAAUUAUUGGUUGUUUUUGUGCUGUAAGUGGAACAGGUACAAUAGCUAUGCUUACAUCAAUACUUGUUGAUCGAUAUCAACGAGUAUAUAAUCGUCGAAUGUAUAUUAAACGACAAGAAAUUCAUUUUGAUGAUGUUUUUAAUAUUAAAAAAAAUGAUCUUGAAUCAAAACAUUAUAAUCAAGAUCGAGCCAGUUUAAUUCUCAAUGAUAAUCAUGUAAAAGAACAAGAACAUCAAUAUAUUUUACAUAACGAACAAAAUAAUUAUCUUACUCAAAUAAAAGAUAAUGAAGAAAAUUUCAACUCAUCAAUUAUAGAUACAAUCAAUCAAGAUAGAAAUCAAAUAUAUUUCACAGUAUAUCAUUCACCAAAUACAACCAAUGCAACAAUAGUAGAAAAUAAACUUAAUGACACUAAUAUGAAUAUGAAUAAUUAA